CUUCAUUUUCACAUCAAAUUUUUCUUUUUCGAGUUUUUCACUACGUUGAAUAAAAAUUCUCAAACAGUAUCGGUACCCUUGAUUUUUAGAUUUUGUAUUCUUUUACUCAAAGCUCAUUAUAGUUGACAUCUCUUUUAAACCGACUUUUGUUCAGCUAAUAAAAGAUGGCUCAGGCAAAAGCAAAGAAGUCCGCGACGAAAGAUUCCCGACCGGAGGCUUUCAAAGCUGAGGAGAUCUUGCAAGCUGUCGUUAUCGCGGAUAGCUUUAACGAGCGGUUCAAACCAUUAACGCUGCAGACUCCUCGAGCUUUGGUCCCGGUUUGUAACUGCCCCACCAUUGAGUUCACUUUGGAUUUUCUGGCUGGCAAUGGUGUAAGCGAGAUUUUUAUAUUCUGUCGAGCCAACGCGGAGAAAAUCAGGAAAUUCAUUGAAUCACACUGGAAAUGGGGUCCUAUGGGUCGCCGUCACAGAAGCGUCUCCGUUCAGAUUAUUAUGUCAGAAGAUUGUUACUCCAUGGGCGAUGCACUGCGUGAAAUUGAUGCAAAAAACACUAUCCGUGGAGAUUUCAUCUUGGUUCAAGGUGACUUGAUCGCCAAUGUGGAUAUCAAGCCUGCUUUGGAUGCGCAUCGAAAACGCAAAACUUUGGAUAAAAACUCCAUCAUGACUGUCGUCUGUCGGCAAGUUGCAUCGCGACAUCCGGCUCGGUCUCAGGAAGAUCAGGUUGUCCUGGCGAUAGAGCCGCUGACCAAUCGUGUUCUCCACUUUCAAAAACUUGGGACUGCCAAGAAAGUUUCGUUCCCUGUUGAUAUUUUCGAAGGACGUGAUGAAUUGGAAUUCCGCACCGACCUCAUUGACUGCCAUAUUAGUAUUUGUUCCGCAUCAGUGCCUCCACUUUUCUCAGAUAAUUUUGACUACCUCACCCGGGACGAUUUUAUCCGCGGCAUUUUAGUUAACGAAGAAGUGCUUGGAAAUACCAUCUACUGCCACUUGUUGACUGCCGGUUAUACCGCUCGCAUCUCUAAUCUCCACAUGUACGAUGUGGUCAGCCGCGACAUUAUUGCUCGCUGGGUGUACCCUUAUUGUGCUGAUUUGGGCUUCCCGGAAGGUGAUGCAUAUUUCUACAGGCGGCACCAUAUCUAUCUACAGAAAGAUGUGGAGUUAAAAAUGGGAUGUGUCUUGGAAGCGAAUGUGUUAGUUGGACGACAGUCGGUGAUCGGUGAGAACACUCGUAUUCGAAACUCGGUUAUAGGGAAUGGCUGCACCAUUGGGCGAGACUGCAAAAUUGAGGGAUCGUAUAUCUGGGGAAACUGCGUGAUCCAGGAUGGUUGCGAGCUGUAUAAAUGCAUAAUCGCUGACGGAUGUGUGGUGUACAGCGGAAGUGUUAUUGAGUCUGGAUGCAUUCUGAGCUAUGGAGUUAAAGUGGGGCCGGACGCGCUUCUUAGUGCUGGCUCGCGUUUGUUCGGCGAAGCUGAUCUGCAGAUUUUGCUCCAGGAAAAUUCAGAGGAUGGUGACGUUACUCCAAAGGAUCGGACAUUCGCUACGGUCGACGAAAAGGUUCGUGGUUCUUCCGGCUCGCAAUCGUGGCUGUUUACUCUGAAUGAAAUAGAAGACGAAGAGGAGGACAUUGCACCUGGUGGUAUUAAUUAUGAAAAGCUUAGUUGGAAAUGGACUUCUGUAGAAAAUUUAGACGAUAGUUGGGAAGAGGAUAGUGAAUCAAGUGAUAGUGAUGGUGACAGCGUGGAUGAUGUGGACGGACCAAAAACCACGGGCGCGCAGGAGGACAUUAAAGUUUUCUUUCACGAGAUAUCCGAUUCAUUGUUACGGGCGGUGGAUGAAAAGGUGAAUCCGGAUAACGUGAUUUUGGAAAUUAAUUCUUCCAAAUUUGCUUAUAAUGUGACAAUGACGGAGUUGAAUAAGCUGGUGGUGCGAGCGAUUAUUGAGAUACCUGAGCUGAAAUCUCUUAAACAACGGACGGAAUUAAAAAGCGUAAAAGAUGCGUCAGCACAAAUUGUUUCUGCAUUUGAGACGUUGCUUCCGGUACUGAGGAAUUAUUAUCGCAGUUCUGAGUCGCAGAUGGACGCCCUGUUGGCCAUCGAGGAAUGUGCUGUCAACUAUCUCGAUUUACCGCGACAUCAGCCAUAUGGCAACUUGGUGAUUUCCUGUUGCCUGAAUAUUCUGCAUUUUCUUUAUAAUAACGACAUUCUAACCGAAGAUGUAAUACGUAAGUGGUAUGCCGAGCCCGAAAAGGCUCAAGUUAGGCGAUUCCUUCCAUUUUUUCUCCAUGAACAGCAGCAGCAUUCACCUGCUGGUCGGCGUCGACAUAUUAGUGGCGAUUUGAGUGAUGAUGAAGUGAGUGGGCUUGUCAAAAAAGCGGAACUUUUGAAGCAGAAGAUUGCCCCGUUUAUCCAUUGGUUAGAAGAAGCGGAAGAGGAAUCAGAUUAAUUGGGUUGAGCGUAAUACAAUUCGUCUGAUUGCUAAACAUACGAAUAUUAAUGGUGACGCUAUGGAUUAUUUUUUAACAAAUUCUGCUCUUUCUCACUUUGUUUUCGUAUGGUUGUUGCUGUCAUCAGCUGGAAAUUCGAAAAUUCGGGGGCUUUGCGGACAUGUGCUGCCUGAGCCUGCCUCAACGUUUAUUAAAUGGAUAUUUCUGUACAGUGUUCACGAAACUUUGGGACUUAGAUGCCCCUUGGUGACGCAUAUCUUCGCUUCAAUCAGAGGUUUUUGACGAAGUCGUCUGGCCUGAUGCCGAAAUGACAAUACUCGAAAUGAUAUUACUCCCUCGUUGGGGAAUUAUUUCCGUGUUAUUAUUUUAUUAUUCAUUUGUUCCGAUGAUAUUCUUCAUUUCAGCCAA